GGCGUUACUACUACGAGGCAGCGGUCACGGAUGAAGGACUGUGUCGUGUCGGCUGGUCCACACUGCGUGCAUCACACGAUGUGGGUACGGAUGCGGAGAGCUUCGGGUUCGGUGGAACCGGCAAGAUGUCCCACCGGAAACAGUUUGAUUCAUACGGAGAAUCGUUUGGGAAAGGCGAUAUUGUCGGCUGUUUUUUGGAUUUAGACAACAGCACCAUAUUUUGGUCAAAAAAUGGCAAAAUAUUUGGCAAAGCCUAUGAUGUGCCUGGUCCGAUGCGAUCCUCCGGAUUGUUCCCCUGUGUGUGUCUCAAAAAUGCGGAAAUCCGAUUGAAUUUUGGCGCGACCGAAUUCGCUCAUCCACCCCCGAAAGGUUGGAUUGCAGUCAACGCGGCAGAAAGUGCAAAUCGAGUGGCUUCAACUUUUUCCGGUGCAUCUAGUGGCUCGUCUAUCGUGCAAAAACCAAACGCCCCUUUGGCUCUCAUAAUGGAGCCCUCUCGAGAAUUGGCCGAGCAGACAUACGAACAAAUUCGUAAAUUCAAACGUUAUUUGAAAGAUCCGUGUCCACGUGAAAUGUUAUUAAUUGGUGGUGGAAAUACAAAACAGCAAAUGGAUGCGUUACACAGCGGGGUGGAUAUCGUGGUUGCUACGCCAGGGCGUUUGGAUGACCUCAUUUCUACGGGGACGCUGUUGCUGAGCAACUGUCGAUUUUUCAUUUUGGAUGAGUGUGAUGGCUUACUGUCUGCCGGUUAUGGGGAUAUGAUCACGCGAUUGCACGGACAAAUUCCUAAGGUCACACCAGAUGGAGGCAGGUUGCAGAUGAUUGUUUGUUCGGCCACUUUACACUCGUUCGACGUGAAAAAGCUGGCGGUAAGUUUCUUCCGUAGGGAACUAUUUAUUUCGUGCAUAUAG